AUGCAGGCCACCCCAGUGGAGAGAGGUUUGCAUGUGGACGCCAUCUGUUUCCCACUGACCUUGGCCACUGCUCGGCCCUCCCAGCUGGACCUGCCCCAAACCUACCUGAUAAUGGCCAGGGCGUCGAGAGCACUGAGUAAUUCUCGUGGGGCCCCCGCCUGUGCAGUCAUCUCCCCAGAUGAUCAUCCAGAUGGUGCAACCCCAUCUUACAAGGACAAAGCUUCUUGUAGUUUCCUUCUGCUUUCUGGGCGGGGGCACGAACAGCAUCACCGUGAGGAAUGCCACAUUCACCUGGGCCAGGGGCGACCCUCCCACGCUGAAUGGACGCGGAUCUUGGUCAUGCACAGCAUGAGCUACUUGCCACAGGUGGAUGUCAUCAUUGUCAUGAGUGGCGGCAAGAUCUCUGAGAUGGGCUCCUACCAGGAGCUGCUGGCCCAAGACGGCGCCUUCGCUGAGUUCCUGCGUACCUAUGCCAGCACAGAGCAGGAGCAGGACCCAGAGGAGAACGAAAAUAUGCAGUCAUCGUGUCUGCUCUUGGAAGGAGUAAUCAAUAUUCACCAAAGGAUCAGCAAGCAGAAGAAAUUGAUAUUACACUAUGAGCCUAUUUGAAACAAACCAACAAAAAUAGGUGCCCCAGCUUCUGCCUACAGGAAUUCUCAGUAGGAUCUCUUGGCCCUGUCUCUGCCUUUCCUAGGAAGAAGCCAAAAUUCCUACCUGCCG